UCUUAAAAUAGAUAACAUGAACAAUUCUGUAUAAACACUAUUUUCAUAAACUAUGUUUGUCGUAUAUAUAAGAUGUGUUUGAAUGUAACUUCACUGUACUGUAGGACAGAACAAGAAUCAUUAUGUCUAGUGACGAAGACAUUGUUGGACGAGUAGUGUUCGGAGAAUCUAGAGGAGAACCAAUUGAAGGACAACGCGCUGUAGCAUAUACCAUAGUCAACAGGACAAAUCACCCAGGUUUCCCAAACUCCGUUUGGGAAGUAGCAAAUCAGAGGACUGCAUCUGGAGGUCAUCAGUACGAAACUUUAGAUCUAGACUCACAUAACAGUGCAUGGAACGACCAUAAAAGGGGAAAUACACAAGAGUACAGAAACGCCAUGUCAGCCUCCAGAGAUGCUCUCAGUAGAAGAAAACCUGAUCCAACUAACGGUGCUACGAGCUUCAACCAAAGUCCAGGACCUAACAAAACAAGAAUAGAAAAUCACUAUUUCUAUCGUUAUUAGAGAAUAGUCUGGACAUAUUAUAUAUAUUUAUUUAUUCGUAUAUUCUUGCAUAUAAUUUAUGAUAAUACUUUAUGAUGUUUGGUAUAUAAUUUAAUUGUUGAACUAUGCUUUUAGGGGUUUUCAUUUUUGUGCGACUUUUUUUCUGUUCUUUGUGUACUAAGAAAUUUCCUUGAAA